CAAGCUAUGAAAGUUAGAGAACGUAUGAGAAAGGCAAAUCAAGGUUCUUACGAUCCCAGUCCACGAUUCUCAAGGUAAAGACUAUUCAACAUAUAAACAGAGACUUUUACACUGUUAAUCUCUGAAGAAAUUUUGAGUAAACAAUGGCCACAACUCCGGUAGGAAUUCCUCAAUUAGAUCCUUCCAAAAUGCAACUUGUAGCUGAAUUAGAAAUUGAAAUGAUGUCAGAUAUGUAUAAUCGCAUGACUACUGCCUGUCACAAGAAAUGUGUUCCACCUAAAUAUAAAGAUGCAGAACUAUCUAAAGGAGAGUCUGUAUGUUUAGAUAGAUGUGUUGCAAAAUAUUUAGAAAUUCAUGAACGAAUAGGAAAGAAAUUGACCACCAUGUCUAUGCAGGAUGAUGAAUUAAUGAAAAAACUUCAAGAACAGCAACAAAUUGGUUCAACUGUCAAGUAGUUAUUGUUAAAACAAAUAAAUGUUAAAUGUAAUAUGAUCGAAAAUUUCUAAUAAUCAUAGUUAUGAGUUAAUUCUAAAGUAAUUGAAAUGAUUAUAUUGACACUAAAUAUUGAGUGUAUUUUAGAUAAAAAAUAAUAAUAAAUUGAAGUAACAAGCUUAAAAGUCUUUUUUUUUUAA